CAGUGGGGAGCAGUUCGUGGCUAGGUUCUGGGCUGGCUGCAGUCUCGGUCUGACGGCGGCCGGAGCGGCUGUCUCAAGUAAGAUGAGGCUUCUGCUGCUUCUCCUGGUGGCGGCGUCGGCGGUGGUCCGCAGCGAGGCCUCUGCCAACCUGGGCGGCAUGCCCAGCAAGAGAUUAAAGAUGCAGUACGCCACGGGGCCGCUGCUCAAGUUCCAGAUUUGUGUAUCCUGAGGGUACAGGCGGGUGUUUGAGGAGUACAUGCGGGUUAUUAGCCAGCGGUAUCCAGACAUCCGCAUUGAAGGAGAGAAUUACCUCCCUCAACCAAUUUAUAGACAUAUAGCAUCUUUCCUGUCAAUCUUCAAACUAGUAUUAAUAGGCUUAAUAAUUGUUGGCAAGGAUCCUUUUGCUUUUUUCGGCAUGCAAGCUCCUAGCAUCUGGCAGUGGGGCCAAGAAAAUAAGGUUUAUGCAUGUAUGAUGGUUUUCUUCUUGAGCAACAUGAUUGAGAACCAGUGUAUGUCAACAGGUGCAUUUGAGAUAACGUUAAAUGAUGUGCCGGUGUGGUCUAAGCUGGAAUCUGGUCAUCUUCCAUCCAUGCAACAACUUGUUCAAAUUCUUGACAAUGAAAUGAAACUCAAUGUGCAUAUGGAUUCAAUCCCACAUCAUCGAUCAUAGCCCUACCUAUCAGCACUGAAAACUAUUUUACACUAAGGGAUUUUGCAAGAGCAGCGUGACUGACAUUAUGAAGGCCUGUACUGAAGACAGCAAGCUGUUAGUACAGACCAGAUGUUUCUUGGCAGGCUCGUUGUAACUCUUGGAAAACCUCAGUGCAAGACAGUUUUUCCAUUGCUGGCACAUGCUGAAUUCUGCACAUACAUGGAGUGCAAUGAUACUGUGUAGCUUCCCCGAGUCCACUGUUAAUAGUUUCUUCUUAAUGUGGCAUUACUACUUGUAACUCUUUUCUUGGUCAUAUUUGAGAAAAUACAGAAUUGAGUUACAACUUGA